CCUGAUCGCAACAAAUAUAACGCUCCAGAUUCUACCUCAGCGACAGUCCAUCAUAACCAUCCACACGUGAAUAUGGCGGAAGGAGAGCCCGAUUAUAGCUCUCUUCCAUUGACGGAUAGAUGGGUGCACAAGGUGCGUACUGCCAUCACAUACUACUACCCCUUACUCCCGCGUUGGUGCUAAAGACAAUAUUUGGUUUGCAGGUUUGGAAAGUCCGUAAGGAGGCAUACGAAGAAGCAGCAAAGCAAUUCGAAACCACUCCGGACGAAUACGAUCCUGCUUUUCGUCCCUUCAACCAGGAUCCGAGUUUAUGGAAGGGCGCGGUCGCAGAUUCAAACGUCGCCGCGCAGUCAGACGGUAUCGCAGCAUUUUGCGCGUUCCUCAAAUUCGGUGGCAAGGAAUGCUGCGUACGUUCACGAGGUCAUGUUGUCACUCCCAUCGUCGAGAAGGGCCUCGUGUCCACACGACCUGCUACAAAGGCGGCUUCGGUCGAGGCUCUAUUGCUUCUCAUUGAAUUGGAUGCCGCCGGUCCUAUUAUCGAGGAUAUUCUCCCAGCCGUAUCCGCGAAACAACCCAAAGUAAUCGCUGGAGCCUUAGCAGCUCUCACAACUAUAUAUCACAAUUACGGCUGCAAAAUAGUCGACCCAAAACCAGUCCUCAAGAUUCUCCCCAAGGCAUUUGGACACGCAGACAAGAAUGUCCGAGCCGAAGCAACUAAUCUCGCUGUUGAAUUUUACCGGUGGUUAAGGGAUGCGAUGAAGCCUAUGUUCUGGGGUGACCUGAAGCCGACACAACAAUCUGAUCUGGAAGCUCAGUUUGAAAAGAUCAAAGCAGAACCAGCGCCAAAACAGGAACGCUUGCUACGAACCCAACAAGAAGCCAUGGCUCGAGCCCCACCGCCCGGGGCAGAAGAAGAGAUGGACGAUGAUGAAGGGCCCGAGGAGCCUGCAGAAGUCGACGCAUUCGACCUUGCAGAACCGCAAGAUGUCUUAUCCAAGGUUCCAGCUAAUUUUCACGACAACCUCGCGUCUUCCAAGUGGAAGGACCGGAAAGAGGCUCUUGAAGCGCUCUUUGCUGUGGUCAACGUACCGAGGAUUAAAGAUGGCGACUUCAACGAAAUCAACCGUGGUUUAGCGAAGUGCAUGAAAGAUGCCAAUAUUGCUGUUGUCACCCAGGCAGCGCAAUGUAUCGAAGUACUCGCAAAAGGUCUUCGAAAGGGAUAUGGCAAGUACCGGUCGACUGUCAUGACACCGAUCAUGGAGCGUUUAAAGGAGAAAAAGCAAUCCGUCUCGGACGCAUUAGGAGCUGCGCUGGACCAAGUGUUUCUAGCGACAAACUUGUCGGAAUGUCUAGAAGAAAUUCUCUCUUUCCUCUCUCACAAAAACCCCCAGGUGAAAGAAGGAAGCAUGAAGUUCCUUGUUCGUUGUCUUAGAACGACUCGGGACCCCCCGACCAAGCAAGAAGUUGCUAGUAUUGUCGAGGUCGCGAAGAAGCUACUCGCGGAGGGCAGCGAAGGGCUGAGGUCCGGUGGUGCUGAGGUUCUGGGUACAAUCAUGAAAAUUAUUGGUGAACGCGCCAUGAACCCGCACUUAGAAGGCUUGGAUGAUAUACGAAAAACAAAAAUCAAGGAGUAUUUCGAAAAAGCCGAGGUUAAAGCCAAAGACAAGCCAAAACCACCGCCGGCUCCGGCAGCACGGGGACCACCCGGUGGCCCCAAGAAAGCAGGAGCUAAGAAGACUACCGGGGCUACCAAAAAGGCUGCGCCGGCCGCCGCCUCUCAGCCCGUACAGGAGCCUGCUCCCCAGCCAGCAUCUCGAGCUCCUUCUGGCAGUAAGCUAGGAAUGCCCAAGUCUUCUGGCUUAACCGGACUGAAAGCUCCGCAAAAACGCCUCGCCCCCCCUGGUGUCGCAUCGCCCCGAAGAGCACCAGCUGCUGCUAGUCCUCCCCCUCCAGAGGAAGAUGAGGAGCUCCCAGCAUCGCCACCGCCGCCAAAACCCCGAGUUGGUCUUGGGAGAGGUGGUCUUGCAGCACGGUCGUUAGCGAAACCAGCCGCACCCGCUGCGGCGCCUUUGGAGCCCUCACCACCCCCGCCGAGUGGGCUUGCACCUAUUGAGCGUGCUGAGCUAGAAGAGUUGCGCACGGCGAACGACCGGCUUACUAAACUGGUAGAUGAGAUGCGGCAUGACCGAAGCAAGCUCAUGUCAGAAAUUCAGGAGCUCAAAAAUCAAAAUGCCGGUCUUAUCGAGGAUCACACGAGGGAUGUGCUCAGCAUCAAAGCCAAAGAGACUCAGCUGGUCCGGGCAAGAAGCGACGCAGAAACAGCUGAGCAAGUAAACGAGAGACUCCGAAGGGAACUUGAACGUCUCAAACGCGCACUCAGUAGAGCCGAGGGGCUAGGCGUUUCCAGUGGCAUAGGAAGUCCAAGAAUGACGAGUCCUACUCCUGAUGACAUGGGUAUUUACCGUGAUAAUACAAACUACGCAGGGGCCAGGACGAGCAGGAUGAGUUUCACCAGUACAUUUUCCGAAGAAAAAGAAAACGGCGAUGUGCCACACAACUACCCCAGAAGCAAAUUAAGUCCAGAUUUAAGAUACGGCAGUGGAUCAAGCGGGAGGGGAAGCCCCGCUCGCGGCUUUAGGACCACAACAAUAGAUGAGGGGGCUGGACAUAGCACCGGAUCCGCCAUGAGUUCAACGACUACUGGAACCGGCAACAAUGGCGCCGAAAGUUGGAAGCGUGCAGCAGAGGUCACGAGUCAACUCAAGGCAAGGAUAGAGCAAAUGAAGGCGAAGCAGGGCUUUAACCGAUCAUGAAGUCGGACUUGUCUAUGUGUCUUGUCAUCAGGAAAUGGCGUUUGUUAGGAGACAAGUCCAAAAGGGGGAUAUCAUCGGGUGCAUUUUCCUGGCGUCGGAUUACAUACCCUAGUCUAUAUUUUGGUCGCCGAUAAAGCAUUCAGAAAAUAUCACGAUAAUUAUGUCUA